AUGGCCACUGACCGUGCUCCCCCUCUCCGUCUGGGCUCUGUCGCCCCGAACUUCGAUGCCGAGACCUCUACCGGUCCCAUCAACUUCCACGACUUCAUUGGCGACAAGUGGACCAUUCUCUUCUCCCACCCCGAUGACUUCACCCCCAUCUGUACCACCGAGCUCGGUGCCUUUGCCAAGCUCGAGCCCGAGUUCACUGCUCGCGGUGUCCAGCUCAUUGGCCUGAGCGCCAACGGUGUCGAGUCCCACCACCGCUGGAUCAAGGAUAUCGAUGAGGUGUCUGGCUCCAGCCUCAAGUUCCCCAUCAUCUCCGACCCCGAGCGCAAGGUCGCCUACCAGUACGACAUGGUCGACUUCCAGGACACCACCAACGUCGACUCCAAGGGUAUGGCCCUGACCAUCCGCUCGGUCUUCAUUAUCGACCCCUCCAAGAAGAUCCGUCUGAUCAUGACCUACCCUGCCUCCACUGGCCGCAACACCGCCGAGGUCCUCCGUGUCGUUGAUGCCCUCCAGCUCACCGAUAAGCACGGUGUCACCUGCCCCAUCAACUGGCUCCCCGGUGAUGAUGUGGUCAUCCCUCCUCCCGUUUCUACUGCUGAUGCUAAGGCUAAGUUCGGUGAGAUCCGUGAGGUCAAGCCCUACCUGCGUUUCACCAAGUACCCCGGCUCCCAGUAA